AUGACAGGAAGAAGAAAUUUGAUGACUACCCAUGUGAGCAUAAGUGGUAGUCACCACAGCGUCAAGAAUGGCAAUAAUACUAACCAAACGAAGAAUAAAGAUAAUGAUGACCAACUUUCCAAGGAAGAAAAAUUAAGAAAGAGAAGAGAACAAUUGGCUCUCUGGAGAGAGAAGAAGCAACAACAACAAGAGCGACAGCAGGAGGAGAGCAAGGAAGAGAAAGUAGAAGAGAAAGCUGAAGUAACUGAGAUCCCUUCAAAAGUGCCAACUGUAGUUAAGGAGGAACCUGAUGAAAAGAAGAGACUUCGACAACAACGUAUUGAAGAAUGGAAAAGAACCAGAGCCCAAAAGAGUAAUGAUAUACCAAAAGAGAUUCAGGGAAAGUCCGGAGGUUCUCUGAAGGCAGAUGUAAAGAAAACAACUAUUUUAAUCAGUAAGAAGAAAUUGGUUGUAAAUAAACCAAAAGGUAUUAAACGAAAAAUUCUGCUAGAUGAAGACGAGGAUGACGUUGACAAUUCUCAUAAACCAUUAUUCAAGAAACCUUCUCUUGACCAUCAUGGAUCUCAAGAUGUGGAUAGGAAAGACGAAACGUCGGAGGAUGAAUUGGAUGCAUAUUUGGCUUCUAUCGACAGUUCUCUUCCUGCAAGACCAAACCUGGAAGCGUCAACUGUGCAAUCUGUCAUAAUGGAAGAUGCGCAAGAUGAAAUUGGAAAUGAAGAAGAGAUGGAUGACGACGAGAAACAACAAGAAUUGUUAUCUUCCAAAUUGUCAAAAUUCCAGCAACAGAAAGGAAAGGAAUUGAAGCCGAUCGAUUAUUCCCAAGAAGCAUACGAACCAGUAAGAAAAAAAUUCUAUCAAGAACCCUAUGAACUUCUGAUUCUCACAGCUCAAGAAGUCGACAAUAUGAGACAAGAACUCGGUAUCCUCAAAUUCAAAUCACCUGGUUCUGAUUCCACAUUUACUCCAAUAUCUAAAUGGUCCCAUUUAGGUCUCCCUGCCAACCUAAGCAGUGUCAUCACCGACAAGCUCCAGUUCUCCCAUCCAUCAGCGAUCCAAGCCCAAGCACUUCCCGUGAUCAUGUCAGGAAGGGACGUCAUAGGGGUUGCCAAAACUGGGUCUGGGAAAACUUUGGCAUACGUCCUACCCAUGUUACGUCAUAUCCAAGAUAAGAGACCAAUACGGGAAGGAGAAGGUCCUUUGGCAUUAAUACUCUGCCCCACGAGAGAAUUAGCCCUCCAGAUCGUAAAAGAAAUCAACCACUUUGCUAGUGCCACCAAAUUUCGAGUUUGUUGUUGCUACGGUGGUUCUUCUAUCGAAACGCAAAUUAGCGAAUUGAAAAAAGGAGUCGAAAUAAUGGUUGGUACACCGGGCCGGGUUAUUGAUUUAUUAGCUGCCAAUGGUGGACGUGUGACAAAUUUAAAACGGACCACAUAUGUUGUGCUAGAUGAAGCUGAUCGAAUGUUUGAUAUGGGGUUUGAACCCCAAGUGGCGAAGAUAUACACUCAAAUCAGGCCCGAUUGUCAGACGGUAUUGUUUUCGGCGACGUUUCCGCGUAAGAUGGAGCAAUUGGCCCGGAAAUUAGUAAAACAUGAGGAUGCGGUGGAGAUUGUUGUGGGAGGUAUAAGUGUGGUUGCACCUGAGAUCAAGCAGGAAAUUAUCUUGUUUGAACCUGAAUCCGAAGAAGAAUAUAAAUCGCAAAGAAUGGAUAAAUUGUAUGAAAUCUUAAAUUCAUAUAUGGUAUCACAUCCAAAUUCAAAAAUCCUUAUUUUCGUUCAAAAGCAAAACGAUGCUGACGAAUUAGUCUCAACCUUAUUGGGAGCACAAUAUCCAUGUGUGGCUAUUCAUGGUGGAAAAGACCAGAUAGAUCGUAAGUUCGCCAUAAAAGAAUUCUCCGAUACGUCGAGCGGUAUGGAUAUUCUAAUCGCAACAUCUAUAGCUGCCAGAGGUUUGGACGUAAAAAGUUUAGGAUUGGUAAUUAAUUUCGAUCCACCUAAUCAUAUGGAAGAUUAUGUUCAUCGAGUUGGUAGGACCGGGAGGGCUGGGUCGAUGGGAAGAGCAAUUACUUUUGUAUCUAAAGAUCAAGAACAUGAAAUUGCAAACUUAGUGAAGGCUUUGACGUUAAGUAAACAGGAAGGUGUUGAUUCGAGAUUGGAGGAAGUGGCCGACAAGUUCUUUGGGAAGGUUAAACAGGGGAAGGAGAAAGUAUAUCUUGGGUUUGGUGGGAAAGGAUUGGAUAAGAUGAAGGAAGUGAGGGAGUCAAAGAUAAGGUUGGAGAAGAGUAUGUAUCAAGAAGAGCAUGAAAAGGAAUCUGGUGAACCAUUGGCUGGUCAAGAGCAACGGUCAAAUAGUGCAACUCCGUCUUCAGUUCCCUCUAUAUUGCCUGCAUUUGAAAUUAUUGAAGGUAAUAGUCCAGACACAUCAGGACCAGAUAAAUGUAAAUAUUAUUCUCGAGUUGUUAUCAAUGACCUUCCGCAAAAGGCAAGGUUGAAUAUUCUUAAUCGCGAGAACUUGUCAAAAAUAAUCGAUACCACCAGAACUUCGAUCACGACAAAGGGACAAUUCUAUGCACCUGGUCUGAAAUUGCCUCAGGAUAUCAAUGAAAACAUUGCGCAUGCUAAGCUUUAUUUGCUUGUUGAAGGAUUGUCUGAAUUGGCGGUACGGGAAGCUAAUAAUUUGAUUAGAGAUCGGAUGAUUGAAGGUUUGGAAAUGGCUAGUCAACAAGAAAACCUUGCUCCUAGUGGUAAGUAUACUGUGUAG